GACUGUCAGUCUUAAUAUUUAUACAAGCCAAUUUUUUGUCUUUCAGGGUACAGAACUUUGUUGGACGGGACACCCUUUUGGAUUUUAUCCAUGUCCUGCUAACUGCUACUUUCAGCUAUGGAGUCGACAGUUGAUGAUGAAGCAAUAGCAGCAUAAAUGAAGGCCAAGUGAGGAAGGCAGAACGAUGCCCAAGGGCGGGUGUUCUAAAACACCACAAUCUGAAGAUUUCUCUCUCAGCAACGACAUGGUGGAGAAACAAACUGGGAAAAAGGAUAAAGAUAAAGUUUCUCUAACCAAGACUCCCAAGUUGGACCGGAGUGAUGGCGGCAAAGAGGUGAAAGAGAGAGCUACGAAGCGGAAGUUGCCUUUCACUGUUGGAACAAAUGGAGAUCAAAAGGAUUCGGAUACAGAAAAGCAGGGUCCUGAGCGGAAAAGGAUUAAAAAGGAGCCUGCAGCUCGGAAGCCCAGCCUGCUCUUCGGGAUGGGCCUUUCAGGAAUCCGUGCCGGCUACCCGCUCUCCGAGAGGCAGCAGGUCGCCCUUCUCAUGCAGAUGACGGCAGAAGAGUCUGCCAACAGCCCCGCAGUAGAUACAACACCAAAGCAUCCCUCUCAGUCCACAGUUUGUCAGAAGGGAACUCCUAACUCUGCCUCCAAAACCAAAGAUAAAGUAAACAAGAGGAAUGAACGGGGAGAGACUCGGUUGCACCGGGCAGCUAUUCGAGGGGAUGCCCGGCGCAUCAAGGAGCUCAUCAUCGAGGGCGCAGACGUCAACGUGAAAGACUUUGCCGGCUGGACGGCUUUGCACGAGGCAUGCAACCGGGGUUAUUACGACGUUGCAAAACAGUUACUCGCUGCAGGGGCCGAAGUGAACACCAAGGGCUUGGACGAUGACACUCCGCUGCAUGACGCAGCCAGCAACGGGCACUACAAGGUGGUGAAAUUGUUGUUACAUUACGGAGGAAAUGCUCACCAGCUGAACAGGAGAGGAGAGACCCCAUUGAAAGUAGCGAAUUCCCCCACCAUGGUGAACCUGCUGCUUGGGAAGGCCACGUAUCCUUCUAGUGAAGAGAGUUCCACAGAGAGCUCAGAAGAGGAAGACGCUCCUUCGUUCGCACCGUCCAGCUCCAUCGAUGGCAAUAACACAGACUCAGAGUUUGAGAAGGGCCUGAAGCACAAGGCCAAGAACCAGGAGCCGCCAAAAACCAUCACGCCUGUCAAGGACGAGUACGAAUUCGAUGAGGACGACGAGCAGGACAGAGUCCCCCCAGUCGACGAUAAGCAUUUGCUGAAAAAGGAUUACAGGAAAGAGACUAAAGCAAAUAGUUUCAUUUCUAUCCCCAAAAUGGAAGUGAAAUCCUAUCCUAAAAACAGCACAAUCACACCAAAGAAAGCAGCCCAUCGCAUCCUUUCCGACACCUCCGACGAAGAGGACGGCAGCAUGGCCGCAGGGGCAGGGGAGAAGCUGCGGCUGACCACUCACUCCAUCCUUCCCAGCAGCAAGGCUCGAGAGCCGUCAAACGCCAAACAGCAGAAAGAAAAAAACAAAGUAAAGAAAAAACGCAAGAAAGAGGCGAAGGGCAAGGAGGUUCGGUUUGGCAAAAAAAAUGACAAAUUCUGUUCUUCUGAGUCGGAGAGUGAAAACCUGGAGAGUGAGGAGGAUGACAGAGACUCUGUACAAAGUGCUGCCUGUGUAAAAGACUCUCGGUUAGUGUUAAAGGAGUCCUCCUUGUUUAAUUCCCUUUCUGCCUCCUCCGCCUCUUCCCACGGGAGCCUGGGGUCACAGAAACAUAACUCAAACCUUACAGAACAGCACUCCAAGCACUGGAGGACAGACAACUGGAAAACUGUCUCUUCUCCUGCCUGGUCAGAUGUCAGCUCCUUAUCAGAUUCAACGCGGACGAGGCCAACCAGCGAGUCGGACUACACAUCGGAAGACUCCAGCUUGGAGUCCAUAAAGCCUGUGAGGAAGAAACAGGAGCACAAGAAGCGAGCCCAACACGGGCCAGCAAUGGUGGUGGAGAAGAAGAAUUCAUUCCAUGCCAACGUCGAUGGGGCAAUUCCAAAGCUGGACAAAGAAGGGAAAGUUGUAAAGAAGCAUAAAACCAAACACAAACACAAAAACAAGGAGAGGGGGCAGUGCCCUGGGGCCCAAGAUGUUAAGAUAAUCAAGACCUUUUCUUUUGAAUAUGAGGACUCUAAGCAGAAGCCUGAAAAGGGUUUGAUCGUAGAGACCGAAAGCUUGGUUGAGAGCAAACUCAAAGUGCUCAGGCAUGAGCGGGAGCAGUUCAAGAAAGAGGAAAAAUUCGUCAGAACUAAAUCUGAGGAGAAGGAGUGGCUGUUUAAAGAGGACGCUGGGAAAAAUUCCAAAGAAGAGAAGUCAUUGAAAAAAGCAAAAGAGACAAACAAAGACAUCAGUAAAUCUUUCAGAGAAGAAAAGACCAGCAGGUUGGAAAAAGAGAAACCCAUCAAGGAGAAAUCACCUAAAGAGGAGAAACCUAGAAUGCACAAGGAAGACCGGAAGAGGAAAUCCAAAGACAAGCUAUCCAAGGCUGAAAAGAAAAAUGAACUGAAGGAAGAAAAGCUAUCAAAGCUAGAGAAAGAGAAAACCGUGAAAGAGGAGAAAGAGAAAUGUAGAAAAGACAAGAGUUAUCGAGAAGAAUCCAGCUUUGAAGACUUUACUAGUAAGAACCAGUUUCAGGAAAGUGAAGACACCAAGUGCAGCCUCUCGGAUGAUCAGCAAGAUCGGUGGUUUUCAGAUUUGUCCUCUGAUUCUUCUUUUGAUUUCAAAGGGGAGGACAGCUGGGACUCACCUGUGCCAGACUACAGGGAAAUUAAAAAUGACACUAUGGCAAAACUCAUCAUAGAAACAGUGAAGGAGGAGGCAAAAGAGAAGAAGCGGGAGAGUAAAGCAAAAGAUAAGAGAGAAUACAACGAGAAGCGUAAUGAAAAAGACAGCUUUCUAAAAAAGAAAGACAGAGAAUAUGUUGAGAAAAACUCUGAAAAGAAAAAGGACCAACCUGAAAAGCAUAAAGGAAUUCCCAGUUAUCUUCCUGAAAAGGACAAAAAAAGGAAGGAUUCUGCCGAAAGCUUCAAGGAAAGGAAGGAAAAGGAUGCUGGUGAAGCUAACAAAGAGAGAAGAGACUUGUCUGAUGGCGCCAGGGACAGGAAAGAUGCUAAAAUUAAACAAGAAGACUCUUAUAGGGAUGAAUUCAAAGACUAUGGCUGUGAAGCAUUCUUCAAAGAAAAAUCCGAUCUCGAUUUCAGUGGAAAAAACACAGAGACCUGGGAGAGGCAUCAUUCUGGAAAGGAGAAGAAAGACAUGCCUGAGAAGGACAAGAAAGAAAAAUUAAAAUCAGAAAAGUAUAAGGAAAAAUCCAAAGCAGACGACAAAGAGAGAAAUGAGAAAGCUCUGGCUGAAAAAGCCCAGAAAGACAAAGAAUUGGACAAAGGCUUUAAAGAGAAGAAAGAUGCAAAGGAGAAAUAUAAAGAUCCCCACAGCAAAGAUAAAGAGAGAAAGGCUUCCCUAGACCAGCUUAAAGAGAAGAAGGAAAAGAACUUUCCUGGGGAUAGAGAGGACUUCCAUGAGAGAAGGGAAGAGAAGAAAGGCCGGGAGAAAAACUGGUACAGCAUCCUUGACAUCUUCACGGAUGAAAGUGAAGACGAGAAGGAGGACUACAGCCUGGGUGGAUUCAAACUGGGAGAGAGCAUCGGGAGUGAAAUGCAUCGGCUAGAGAGUCUGCCAGACAAAGAUGAUGGCCUGGCAGCUGAGAGAGACCUUUAUCUCCCUGACAAGCACAGGAAAUAUUCCUCUGAUAGGCAACAUUCUACUGAGAAACAGAAGGACAAAGAGUCCAAAGAGAAGAAGAAGGACAAAGGACUGGGUGAGGGUGGGAAGGAGAAAAAAGAGAAAUGUUCCUUCGAGAAACAUAAAGAGAAAAAGGACAAAGAUUCUGCAGAGAAGUACAAAGAGAGGAAAGAGAGAAGCUCGGUAGACUCUGCUCCCGAACGGAAAGCCAAGCAGAAGCUCCCAGAGAAAGCAGAAAAGAAGCAUACAGGAGAAGAGAAGGCUAAAAGCAGGCACAAGGAGAAGCUGGAGAAAGAGUAUACAAGGGAGAAGCGGUCUUCAAAAAGCGGCGAACCAGAGAAAAGCUUGCUGGAAAAACUGGAAGAAGAAGCCCUAAAUGAAUACAGAGAUGACUCCAAUGACAAAAUAAGUGAGAUUUCUUCUGACAGCUUCACCGACCGAGGGCAAGAACCUGUGCUCACGAGUCUCUUCGAUUGUCCCAGCGUUUCUCUUGUUGAUGCCUCUGAGGAGAAAUGCAAAGAGCCUCUGUCUUGUUUGCCAGAUAAACUCAAGGAGCGGGAGAGGAACCGGCACUCUUCCUCCUCCUCCAAGAAAAGCCAUGAAAAGGACAAAGCCAAGAAAGAGAAAGGCGAGAAGAAAGAGAAAGCGGAGGAGUUUAAGGACUCCAACAGGAAGGAUUCUGCUCAGUACGAGAGAGAUUUUUCUCUGGAUGGAGAAGGCUUUGGCAUUUCCUAUGGCAUAAAGACAGAGGCAGAAGACGAACUGGACAAAAACAUAGACUAUUUGUUUUCUGACAAGAAAGACAAAAAUGACUCUGAAAGAGAACUUCCAAAGAAGGCAGAAAAAGACAAGGCCUACGGCUCCAGUGUGAUCAGUACAGCCAAAGAGAAGAAAAAGAGGGACCGGCACAAGGAGAAGUGGAAAGAAGAGAGAGAGAAGCACAGAGACAAACAUGCUGAAGGGUUCUUCAAGCACCACAAAGAGGAGCAGAAGUCUGCCAAAGAUAAGGAUAGCUCUCAAGUCAUCACUCUUAAGGAAAAAUUGAAAGAGGAGCCACCCAAAUGCAAUGAUCUCAAAAUGAAGGAGAGACUUAAGGAAAAUCAAGAAAAGGACAAAGGGGAGGGCCUUAAAAUGAGCAACGGAAACGAUAAAAUGGCCUUAUCCAAAGAGGGCAACAAGAAAGACAUCAGGCCCCGGGAGAAGCUGCUGGGAGACGGGGACUUGAUGAUGACCAGUUUUGAGAGGAUGUUGAGCCAGAAAGACCUGGAGAUUGAAGAACGCCACAAAAGGCAUAAAGAGAGAAUGAAACAAAUGGAGAAGAUGAGACACAGGUCAGGGGACCCCAAACUGAAAGACAAAGCCAAGGCCAGCGAGGACGUUCGCAAGAGGAGCCUGGAUCUGGCCACAAAGAAACCGGUAGUGCUCGAUGCUCAGUUGAAGGACAAGAAGCUCAAAGAGCUGGGGCCACUCGCUCCAAUCGUGUCUCCGGAGAACAAGACUCAGCCCGUUGCUGGGGUGGAUUCCAAGGACUGGAUAGCUGGUCCUCAGCUAAAAGAAAUCUUACCUGCCUCUCCAAGGCCAGACCAGAGCCGGCCAACGGGGGUUCCAACCCCAGCCUCUGUGGUUUCCUGCCCCAGCUAUGAAGAGGUGAUGCAGACUCCCAGGACGCCCUCUUGCAGCACCGAAGAUUACGCAGAGCUGAUGUUUGACUGCGCCGACUCCCAGCAUUCCCUGCCCAUCUCCACCAUGUCUAUGAACGCUUGUUCUCCAUCCUUUUUUGACCGAUACUCCAAUCCUGCCAGUGGAUUCCCUGAGAACCCGAGUCAGACCCCGACAAGGACCAUUCCCUCUACAAACCUUCACCGUUCAAUGUCUGUGGAUAUCCGGAGAGCCCCGGAAGAAGAGUUCAGCGUCGGGGACAAAUUUUUCAGGCAGCAGAGUGUCCCGGCCACCUCUAAUUAUGACUCUCCCAUUCAGCACUUGAUGGAAGAGAAAGUCCCUCUUCCCUCCGUUCCCAUGGAAAAGUUCCCGUGUUUGUCUCCAGGGUAUUAUUCCCCUGACUACGGAGUCCCGUCUCCUAAGGUAGAAUCCUUGCACUGCGCUCCAGGAACUGUUGGCAAUGCCGCUGAGUCACCUGAAAGUGUUUUCUCUGGCUUGCAAGCGAAGUCGUCCCCUUCCCAUAGAGAUGAGCUGCUUGCCCCGUCUGUCGAAAGUGCUCUCCCGCCGGAUCUUGGCCUGCCUCUGGAUGCCACGGAAGAGCAACAGGCAACGGCAUCGAUUAUGCCGCCAGAGUCCAGCUUUCCGUCACCGACCGAGGACAGUCCGUUUGGCUCUGCCGUUCCAGAGCAGACCAGUGCUGAGUGGGACACCCCUCCGACAAGGAGCCUGGAUCCACCCCUUCCCCUGGGUGUGAUGGGCAGUGCUUCUGACCCCCCUGUGAGCUGGUUGGUAGGAUCGGAACUCCUCAUGAAAUCUCCCCAGCAGGGCCCUGAAUCCCCUAAGCCAUUCUGUUCUCCUGAUGCUGUGAAUCCCACCCCAGUGCCUGUCGCUGCUGCAGAGUCUCCUUAUCCCAUCUCCCCCGUGUCAUACCCCUUGGCGAUGACUGAGCCAGUGCUUGAGAAGGCAAAGGAAGAUGCUGGGGGAGCCCUCCCGGUAGAAAUGGUAGCGGCAGAAAAGCAGGCUCCGUUUGCCGAGUCCCCUGCUAGGUUAGACACGUUCUUCAGUGGCUGCAAGCCUUGCCCAGAGGAAGGCUCUGACAUGCCUUUGCAGUCCGCUAACAUGCCAGCAGAAUCCCAAGUGGAGGCGGUUAGUGCUGUGGGGAAAGACUAUGCGGAGAACAGCACUGUUGCCCCAGUCGGUGCUGAGGAGCCGGCCUCGUGGCCAGACUCAUUCGCAAAUCCGGAAGACGACUUGGACCUCGGUCCUUUCUCGUUACCGGAAUUGCCUCUGCAAGCGAAAGACGUUCCAGAGGAUGAGGUGGCGGAGGUGAUUGCCGAAGACCCUGCAGGUGCUCCGGAGAAGGCGGUUGGAGCUGGACUCGGGGAUGGCGGGGAGGCUUCAGGGGCCAUGAGUGAGCAGGAGGAGCCGAUUCUGACCCAGCAGAGCGUCCUGCCUGGGGAACCAGAACUGCAGGCAGAUGAGCAGAAGUGUGAGGGGGGUUUGCUAGAAGGGGUGUCCGAAGUAGUAGGUGCCCAAGAAGCAAAGAGCUUGAAAGAACCUGAGGCUCUCCAAAACCUGCAGGAGGCCACAUUGCCCGAUCUCGUGCAGCCAGAGAGCAAGGAGGUGGAUGGGGAGGAGGAGGAGGAGGGCUUGGCCUCGGCUAUUCUUCCCUCAGACGGCGGUUCUCAGGCUGAGGGGAGCCAAGCCAGCCGCACGGAGAGCACAGAUGCGGAGGAUGGGGCUGCGGCAAAGGGCACCGGCCAGGUCUCUGCCUCCCAAGUGGAGGCUCCGCCAGAAACCAUAGAGCCGGCCCCAAAACCGGUGGCCGAAGCCCCAAAGCCCCCCAAAAUCGAAGAGAUCCCCCAGCGCAUCACCAGAAACCGAGCCCAGAUGCUCGCGAACCAGAGCAAGCAAAACGCUGUGGCUUCCGAGAAGGAGUUCCCCCCCGCUUCGGCACCCACCACGCGGGCAAAGGGGCGCGUCACGGAGGAGGAGGAGGCUCAGCACCCGCGGAAGCGCCGCUUCCAGCGCUCCAACCAGCAGCUCCAGCAGCAGAUCAACACCUCCACCCAGCAGACCCGCGAGAUGAUCCAGCAGACACUGGCGGCCAUUGUGGACGCCAUCAAACUGGACGACAUCGAGCCGUACCACAGCGACCGCUCCAACCCAUACUUCGAGUACCUGCAGAUCCGGAAGAAGAUCGAGGAGAAGCGGAAAAUCCUCUGCUACAUCACCCCCCAAGCGCCCCAGUGCUACGCGGAGUACGUCACCUACACGGGCUCCUAUCUGCUGGACGGCAAACCUUUGAGCAAGCUGCACAUCCCAGUGAUCGCCCCUCCUCCGUCACUAGCAGAGCCCCUCAAGGAGCUGUUCAAGCAGCAGGAAGCCGUCCGUGGCAAACUCCGGCUCCAGCACAGCAUUGAGCGGGAGAAGCUGAUUGUGUCGUGUGAGCAGGAGAUCCUGCGGGUGCACUGUCGGGCAGCACGGACGAUUGCCAACCAAGCCGUCCCCUUCAGCGCGUGCACCAUGCUGCUGGACUCCGAGGUGUACAACAUGCCUUUGGAGAGUCAGGGAGACGAGAACAAAUCCGUCAGAGACCGUUUCAACGCUCGCCAGUUCAUUUCUUGGCUGCAGGACGUUGAUGACAAAUACGAGCGCAUGAAGACGUGCCUGUUGAUGCGGCAGCAGCACGAAGCGGCCGCCCUGAAUGCCGUGCAGCGGAUGGAGUGGCAGCUGAAGGUGCAGGAGAUGGACCCCGCCGGGCACAAGUCGCUCUGCGUGAACGAGGUGCCCUCCUUCUACGUGCCGAUGGUGGACGUGAACGAUGACUUUGUGCUCUUGCCGGCAUGACGGUUCCACACCUGGAGACUUUCUCACUGCAAACUGGCAUGGGUGGGUGCCCCCUGAGGACGGGCGCAGGUGCUCACACACACCCCAACCGCUUGCUGAUGAAUCCCUAGUCAGAAGAGGAGGAAGCAGAAAACCCACGAGGACACAGACGGCACUUUCUUCACGACACGUCUCCCAGCGCGCCAGGCAAAAGGGCGCAGGAGAAGGGAAGGACAGCCCCUCCCCCACCGAGCCGCUGCAGCGGAAGGAAGGAAGGCAGCGUGGACUG